CGCGCGCCGCUCAUCAUCAGCCGGGCCUCGGAUUCCCGGAUGGUCUGGGCCAAGCGAUUUUGAUCGCAGUGUCAACGCACUUUGUGAUUCGGAAUAUCCGCCUGUGAUGCAUCUGAGCUCAUGCCUGCCUUCAUAAUUGUUUAUCAGUAGAGACAAUUCUUGCACAACAGACAUCAGAUAUCGCCUGGCCCCCGCCAGCAGAAACUCCACACCCAAAGUCUCCAACUUGAUGCCGCUUUCGAGAUAAUCUGCCAGAAAAAGUGAUAUCCCUCGCGGUGGGACCGUAUCCCCAGCAAUGGCUUCUACCCAACCGCCCGGGUCUUCUGCGCCUUCGUCUAACUUGAAUUCUCCGAUCCUACCCCCUGGAGGAGCACCCUUUUUUAACGGCUCUUUACCGGAUACCAAUGCAAGAUCCUCUCCCGUGCCGUUGGGUAAUUUUUCAGCGCAAGCUGAUGGCUCGAAGUCAAAGCGCACCAAACGUGAUAGUCGCAAAAAGCGCGAGGCCAAAGGCUUGGACCAAGAGAAUAUGCCAUCCAAAAAGAGAACGGUUACUGUUCACAAUGCGGCGAUUCCUAGCUCAGAACUCAGCAUACUAAGACCUCUAUUACUCUCCGAACCUCGAGCAUCCGAUCUGUUACCCCCCCAGCCUCGCCAGAUGAAUUUUGUGAAUCGAAAAGUUUCGGAUAUAAUUGGCCAAAGCUGGGACUUUUACGAGAUUGCUGACAAGCUUACGAAUAAGAACGGGUUUCGUUAUAGCUAUGCCAUCGCGGACCCGGCAUUCCCGCAUAUCAAGUACCGCCAGACUGAUGUAUACCCUUAUCAUCCUCGUUUUAGCUUUGAAGACUCCCCAGCUGCGAUCCUUUUUAGCGAGGAUGCCCUUGCAGUUACCACCAAUGAGCCAUGGCAUACCGCGCGCGCCAACGUGUGCGCGCGGGAGGGCUCCUAUUACUAUGAGACACGCAUCAUCAGUGGCGUUGUGAAUAACUCAUUAGGACCUUCAUCUAACGGAAAACCGGGCUUAACAUCAAGAGGCCAUGUUCGCCUUGGCUUUGCUCGAAGGGAGGCCGACCUCGAUGUCAAUGUCGGCGUUGAUUGUUAUGGUUACGGGAUUCGUGACGUGAACGGCGAGGUGGUCAACCGGAUGCGCUGCGAAUACUUCUUCCCUAAGGGCGAAUCUAUUCAGGAGGGCGAUGUGAUCGGUCUUCUCAUUACACUUCCACGACUUUCGCUCCACAAAAAGGUGGUCGAGGGAACAUAUGAUCACAAUGCCGACGGCCAUGCUUUGACACCGAGCUCAGAUGCCUUAUCAGCUAUGAACAUAAUCCGUGAUCGCAUUCCCUUCCAUUACAAAUCAGACUUUUGUUGGCAACAGUCAAAUAUGUUCCCCACCAAACAGCUACGCGAUUAUGCGUUCAAUCUCAAAGAGACUCCAACAUUCGGGCCGCCUUCACCAUUCAAUGGCGAGGAUGCAUCUUUACGUACUUUGCCCGGCUCGAGUAUCACGGUAUUCAAGAACGGUGUAAAGAUGGGCACCCCUUUCAAAGAGCUGUAUGCCUUUUUACCACCCGCUAGCCGGCUUGCGAAUGGCACAAACAAUCUGGGCAUUGGGGAACGCGAAAAUGCAGAUGACGGGAUGAUAGGUUACUACCCUGCCGUCAGCUGCUACGGCGGAGGUGCUGUUGAAUGCCGCUUCGAGGGCCCAUGGUGGGUAGGUCCGCCUUCUCACACCGAGAACGGCGAGCCCGUUCAGGGGAUAGGGGAACGGUUCAACGAACAAAUCGUUGAGGACGUUGUUUGCGACAUCGUUGAUGAGGUCGAGGCCAUGUGUGUUUGGGGUGGAGUGGAUGGCAAUGUUGUCAAUAAUGCCGAGCUUGAUGAUUCUGGUACUGGGGCAGUUGGUGGCUCAGAAGUGUUGAAGGGUGGUGUGGGAGCCGCUUAUGAAGCUGCAAUGCCUGCAGAUUUAGAGAAUCAGAGUGUGGUCAUCGGAAACCUUCCUGGCAACGAAGCAGCGCAGCUUGCGGACCUGGAUCCAGGCCAUACCGCGAUUGAGGAGGCCACGAGUGCCGAUGCAGGAGGUACACCGAUAACAGAGGCGCAUUUGCUUACAGUACCAGAGGCUAUGACUGGCGAUGGCGAUGGCGAUGUUGAAAUGUCUUGACCGGUGUGCCAUGAGAGUCUUCUUCCUGGUGCCCUCACAUUUGCUCGCCUUGUCCUGAUGGACGUGAUGUUGCUCCACCACUUGCACAGAGGCGUGCAAUGCAUGACCGAUAAACAUACCUCAUAAUGAAAGGUCAACACGAUUAUUUACAGCGCGCUAAGUUCUAGUC